CUAUUCAUCAUCAUUAGGCACUGAAGCCGAUAUCAUAUCAAAAGUAUCCCUUAUACAUAUCAUACUUGAACAAUAAACAUAUUGAAAUCAUCAUAUCGAACCACCAUGGCCAAGUCAUCGCCAACCCCACCUCCUCCCUACGAAUCGAUAUCAUCAAGCUCAAAUCAAAACCCAGCCUUACCCUCAACAUCACAUCAAGCAAACACUGCAACACCAGGGUCCCAACCAACACCCAUCAACCCUCAAAACCUCACACCCCAACAAAUCGCAGACUUCAACCGACUAUAUCGGCAAGUAGUCCGCCGCACAACCCGCAACUCCCUCGGCGUAGCCACAUCAACCUCCAUGGCCACCGUCUUCCCAUACAUGCUAGGCCCAGCAGCUGCAUCGGGCUACGGACUCUACAAAGCCCGCAAGGCUCGACAUGACCUCGAAGAACUCGAGAAGCUUGGGUUCAAAAUCCGGAAGCGAGAUCUCGCGAACGGGGUGGCUGUUGGCGCACUGCAGAAGCUUCCACUGACCUUUCUUCUGUGGGGGCACGACGAAGUGCUCUUCGCAUUAGGGUCACUCGUGGAGGAGUUCCCUGGGUCUGAAUCGUUGCUCAGUGGGGCGAUCGACACAGUCAACGCCCAUACUGAAGCCCUAGAUGUUCCGGUUCUGGGCGAUCUGAAUGGGCUCGCGGAAGUGCCUGUGGAUGCGGUGCAUGAUAUGCUGGGCAUCGACGGAGCACAGGAAAGGAUAGAUGCUAUAGAAGCCGGCGGCGAAGAUACUGGAGGUUGGCAUGAUAGUGCGGGACACAUUGCACAGGAUGUCUUUCUGGUGGCUCCUGUUGCUGCGGUGGUCGACCAGGUGGCUGAUUACCCGGCCGAGAGGUACGAUAGGAGGAGGGUAGGACAGAUGCCUGGGUCUUAUCCCUCUGGAGAGCAGACACCUCCGCCAUUGCCCCCUCGACCGAAGCGUACUUGAAAUGUACUGUCUACCCCAGGAGAUGCGGUAUAGGAAUGGCGGACUUGGCUCAAG